AUGACUGUGGGCUCCGGAUAUAUAAUGUCUUCGGAUAAGAAUGAAGGGGCGCUGCGCCCAGAAGAAGGAGCAGAAGAAGGAACUUAUCUCAGUAGUGCGGAUGAAUUCCCGGGAAACAGUUCCGGCGACGAGUAUUCGCCUAGUGACUGUGAAGAUGGGGAUGAAGAAAGCCGCAUUAAGAGGAAGAUUGCUCCCUUCAAAGUGGUAACUCGAGCGAAUAAGAAAAGGAAGGCUGUCUCAUUCAUUGUUCCUUCUACUCCUGCCAUGGAGUCAGCUGGACAGAUCACUAUUCCCGAUCUCGCUGGUAAUCAGAAUUUCUCUAGUCGCUCCACUGCUCCUGAAGAGGCACCCAUCCCUGUGUCUGCGUCGAUCACUCCAAAAGCUCUUAAGCUCAAGUAUCCCGCGCCACUCGUCGGUAUCGAUGAUCGGAAAUAUUCACACACUGUAGUUCACGACAGCGUCGAUCACAUAUUAGCGACUGCCGCAACCAAACUCAGAACAUUGGUUGCGGACAAGUCAAGAAAACUAGGUAUCCUUAUGCACGAAGUUGGAUCGCUCCAAUUGAAACUGGCAGAAUCCGAAGCUGCUCGUAUCGGCGUUAAAUCCUCCUUCGAGAAGGCAGAACAGGUUGCUGCCGAAAAGCUGGCAGAAAUCCAGAAAGAGGUGGAAGGCUUGAAAGGCAAUUUCACAAGAGUGAGCGAACAAGAAGAUAUGCUUCAGCGGCUUAAGAUCGAAGAAUUGGAAAGUCAAGCUAAAGAGAAUCGCUCGAUCGCUAUACAAGCGGUAAUGCUUCUCAAUGUGGAAAGGCUCAAGAAUGGGCUGCCUGAAUGUACCCUAGCGCACGUGAAGAAGAUGAUCAACUGA